GAAGGGUGGUUCGAGUGCGGACACGCCGUCGCGCCGUCCCCAGCCGACACGGACUCUGGGCUCCGGACACUGGGUUCCCGGAGGUGGUGAUGGGUUGAGUCUUGUCCUCUGGCCGGAGUGUCCGGACGGCGCUGACCGCCGCGGGGCAAGUUUUCAAUUUCAAUACUCUUUAAAUGACACGUGGGAAAAACCUUAUAUAAAGAAGAGAGACUCCAAUCAACAAUAUCAAUAAUAAGUUGGAAAAGAAUGAUGUUGUCCUUAAACAACCUGCAAAAUAUCAUCUAUAACCCGACAGUCCCCUAUGUUGGCACCAUUUCUGAGCAGCUGAAGCCUGGCUCUUUGAUUGUAAUCCGUGGGCAUAUUCCUAAUGAUGUGGACAGAUUCCAGGUGGACUUGCAGCUCGGCAACAGCCUGAAGCCGAGGGCUGACGUGGCCUUCCACUUUAACCCUCGCUUCAAAAGGUCCAACUGCAUUGUCUGUAACACGCUGACAAAUGAGAAAUGGGGCUGGGAGGAGAUCACCUAUGACAUGCCCUUUAGAAAAGAGAAAUCCUUUGAAAUCGUGAUCAUGGUACUAAAGAACAAAUUCCAGGUGGCUGUCAAUGGGAAGCACACCCUGCUGUAUGCCCACAGGAUCAGCCCGGAGAAGAUAGACACGCUGGGCAUCUACGGCAAAGUGAAUAUCCAUUCCAUCGGUUUCAGCUUCAGCUCGGGUUUACAGAGUAUGGAAACAUCUGCUCUGGGACUGACACAGAUAAGUAGAGAAAAUGUCCGGAAGUCCGGCAAGACACAGUUGAGCCUGCCAUUUGAAGCAAGGUUAAACGCCUCCAUGGGCCCUGGACGAACCGUUGUCAUUAAAGGAGAAGUGAAUACAAAUGCCAAAGGCUUUAACGUCGACCUAGUGGCAGGAAAAUCAAGGGAUAUCGCUUUGCACUUGAACCCACGCCUGAACGUGAAAGCAUUUGUAAGAAAUUCCUUUCUUCAGGAUGCCUGGGGAGAAGAGGAGAGAAAUAUUACCUGCUUCCCAUUUAGUCCUGGAAUGUACUUUGAGAUGAUAAUUUACUGUGACGUCCGAGAUUUCAAGGUUGCGAUAAACGGUGUGCACAACCUGGAGUACAAACACAGAGUUAAAGAGCUAAGCAGUAUUGACACGCUAGCAGUUGAUGGAGAUAUCCAUUUGCUGGAUGUAAGGAGCUGGUAGCUACCGUGACUGCCAAAAUCCCUAAAAUACAAAAUGGCUAAUGGGCUACUGGCCAUGACAAAUGCAUCUUGUUUUCACCACA